CGCAGCGUCUCCACGCAGCAGCCGCCACGUCAGCGCGGCGAACGCCCGGGCGCGCUGGCCGGAUGGGGAAGGCAGCCGCUGCCUUUGGGGCCGAAGUGGGUGUGCGAGUCUUGCUGUUCGCAGCCUUCCUGGUGACUGAACUUCUCCCUCCCUUCCAGAGGCAUAUCCAGCCAGAGGAGAUGUGGCUUUACCGGAAUCCAUAUGUGGAAGCGGAGUAUUUCCCUACCAAGCCGAUGUUUGUCAUUGCAUUCCUCUCUCCACUGUCUGUGAUCUUCCUGGCCAAAUUUUUCAAGAAGGCAAAUACAGCAGACAGCAAACAAGCCUGCCUGGCUGCCAGCCUUGCUCUAGCUCUGACUGGUGUCUUUACCAAUACAAUAAAACUGAUAGUGGGAAGGCCACGCCCAGAUUUCUUUUACCGCUGCUUCCCAGAUGGACUAGCCCAUUCUGACUUGAUGUGUACAGGGGAUAAAGAUGUGGUGAAUGAGGGUCGCAAAAGCUUCCCUAGUGGACAUUCUUCCUUUGCAUUUGCUGGUCUGGCCUUUGCUUCCUUCUACCUGGCAGGGAAGUUACACUGCUUCACACCACAAGGCCGUGGGAAAUCUUGGAGGUUCUGUGCCUUUCUGUCACCUCUACUUUUUGCAGCUGUAAUUGCACUGUCCCGCACCUGUGACUACAAACAUCACUGGCAAGAUGUACUAGUUGGAUCCAUGAUUGGAAUGACAUUUGCCUAUGCCUGCUACAGACAGUAUUAUCCUCCUCUGACUGACGAAGAAUGCCAUAAACCAUUUCCUGACAGACAUGCACUUUCUGCUCUUCAGAAGAAGCCUGGUGAUUCUUACUGUUUGGAUAUUUAAGUCAAAUCUAAAUUCAGUGGAGAAUAGGCAAAUCAACCUUAGAACCAAGCACAUAACAAGAAUUCUGGCCUUUUUAUCUCUUCCAAGGUACAAGUGAUGGCAUAAGCCACACUGUAUUCAGCCUCCAUGUGAUUAUGAACUUUUGCCCUACUUGACAUGAUCUACCAUGAGGAAUCAAAGUUCUUUUCCACCACUGUAUGCCACCCAUUCAAUAAAGAGAUCUUUCAAUAGUUCUCCAAUGGCUUAUGCAUACGAUCCAUUAGGUUGAUAAUCUUAAGAUUUAGUGUUUUAAUAUUUAAUUUAAAUGCUACUUUUUAAAGGGUCUUUUCUCAAAGACUUUUACACAGCCCUACUCUUAUCCUAGAAGCUAGUUAAUUAUCAGAUUUGUGAGCUGGACCCAGUGACACAUGCCUAUAAUCCCAGCAGCUCAGGAGGCUACAGCAGGAUGAUCAAAGCCAGCCUCAGCAACUGAGCAAAUCCCUAAGCAACUCAGCAAGACUCUGUUUCUAAAUAAAAUAUUUAAAAGGGGCUGGGGAUGUGGCUUAGUGGUUAAGUGCCCCUGGGUUCAUUCCCUGGUAUCAAAAAAAAAAAUAAAUUUUUUUUUUUGUUUCUCAUAAAUCAAAAUGUUAAGAUCAAAGGCAUGACCAAAUUAUCUUGAUUCUAUAUACUUUCUCUAGUGACAAUUCCAUUAAACCUUAAAUAGGAAAAUGUCCAAUCUUAGCUAAUUUACCACUCCUGUGUACAUCUAUCCAAGUCCAGGCAUCUGGUGUUGCUGUCCAUUUUGAACACUGUGGGCAUAAACAAUCUGUUGAAUUACUAAGAGAACAGAGCAAAAAAGAAGAAAAUGGUCAGGAAUGUAGUUUCAGUACUAACAACAGAUGAUUUUUUUCUACCUCAUUUCUCUUUGUGCUAAUGAGCUUCUUGCCCAAAUUCAUAUCUGCCAACUAAGAUAGAAAAGAAGUUACAGAAAUUAUUUGGAGGACAAAUGAAUCAUUUUCUAUCUUUUCUUCAAAAGAAGAUACAAGAAACAAUUACAGGACAUCAUCAGAAAUGAUGAUCUAGUUCCUACAGCUAGCUGUUGUUUUCUUUAUUGUAAUUAUAUUUUAAACGAUUUUUACUUAUGUAUAUCUUUUUAUAACACAUUUUCAAUGCACUUCUUCCUUUACUAAACCUGAUAUUCAAAUAAAAUGAUGAAUGUG